AGUGUAAAAGGAGUAGAGACUAGGAGACGUGUAAGAACCACGUACACACCAGCUAGCUGUGCGUUGAAUAGACUGCCCUGUGGUUUACCAAUGACCUGGUUGUGACCACAACACCUAAUGUGUCCUGCAACCCAAGUGUUGGUUUGACAUCUGGGAAGAUCCCAAAAUGAAGCGAAAGAAUCACAUGGCCAAGGCUUUGUAUGACAAUGCACCCGAGUCUCCAGAGGAGCUAUCUUUCCGCAAGGGCGACAUAUUGAUGGUGAUUGAACAGAACACUGGUGGGUUAGAAGGAUGGUGGCUUUGCUCGUUGCAUGGACGACAAGGCAUCGCCCCUGGCAACCGGCUCAAACUCCUAGUUGGACCUAUUUAUGACACCUCUCAAAAUGAUCCGUCUUCUUCUGUGGAAACGCAAGGUGCCUAUCAGGUACCCACCAGCCUGCAAGGCUCUCCCAGCUGUGGAAACCCUUUCAGAGAUCCUAUUUACCAAGUGCCCCCUUCACAUGCCAGUCAGGGCAUAUACCAAGUGCCUCCCACUGCUUCAGGCCAUGCAGCACAAGGACAUGAGACUUAUCAGGUGCCACCGUCUAUACAGAGGAGUGCUUGGGGGGCUGAGGGUGCCCCUCCCACAAAUAAGGUUAUGACUCCAGUCAGAUGCGGACAAGGCUACGUUUAUGAUUCUCCAUCAAGACAGCAACAAAAAGUUUAUGAUAUCCCAGCUGCCCGUCAUCAAGGGCUGUAUGACAUCCCUCCUUCAAUGCUAAAAGGAACCAUCCAUCAGAUGCAGUCAGAAGACUUCAGAGCCAGAGGGUUGUAUGCCAUACCGCCUAGUUUGGGGAACGAAAAUCAAAGUGUGUACGAUAUUCCACCCACUUCCUGCAAGGACACAUUUGGCAAUCAUGACAGAGAAGCUACAUAUGACUUCCCACCACCAAUGAGGCACUUCACAGAUCCUCUUCUCAGUCACAAGUCUGAGGGAUUAUAUGAUAUCCCUCCAACUACUGUAAAGUCACCUUUAAAACUGCAAGCAGUCCUCCCAGGAACUGGGAUCAGUUCUCUGAAACAGUCUAUCUACGACAUCCCACCAACAGUGGUUAAUUCAGAGUUGGUUUCAAAAAGGUUGUGUGUUUACGAUAUUCCACCAACAAAUCAACAGAGCUCGCAGAAGGACACUUAUGAUAUCCCUCGAGGUAUGCAAGACUUUGAUCGGUCUGCACCAACGGCGGAGAGCGUCAUCUAUGACAUUCCCCCACAGGUUUCUCAAGAUGUCAAGGUGGCACAGGAUGUGACUGAUGGAAUGAACCGUUUGUCAUUCUCCAGCACGGGGAGCACACGCAGUAACAUGUCUACAUCUUCAACAACAUCCAAGGAGUCUUCCAUUUCAGCCUCACCACUUCCAGAGAAGAAGGUGCUACUGGACCCGGACUCAGCCUUUGAGAGACUGACUCAACUGCAGCAUAGUGUCGACACAUCAAUAAAGGGACUCCUGGCUUUUGUUGUUUUGGACUGGCGAUCUUAUGAACUAAUGGGAAAAAACCUCAACGAUAUCCACGCCAGUGUUGACAAGGUCAAACACUCGCUUCUGGGCUUUCUUGGGUUUGCCCAAGGAGCUGUUGCAAAUGCAUCACGUUUAUCAGAUAUCAGUCUUCACAGCAAGUUGAGAAAGCAGCUGCAGCGCUUGGAUGAUUCCUAUCAGAUUCUAGUCCAAACCAGCCAGGCACUGGAUAACAACAACUGGUCUUUGAACAUCUUGGUGGUAAAUAGGUCUCACAACAAAUGUGACGACCUGGAUCGUUUCAUCAUGGUGACAAAGAUGGUUCCAGAUGACGUGAAGCAGUUAGCAUCCUCAAUAAGCACAAAUGCAGAACUCUUAUUCAAACAAGGGGUUGGCAUUACUAACCUAGAGACUGUUCAUGAAAUAAACCAGGUGACUGUUGAUGACAAAAGCACGACAAACUGUAAUCAACCCCAUUCACAAGCAGAGAAGACAUUGAUUCAGAUACGGUCAUUACACAGCCCACCUCAGUUGGAUCACCAGGUUCACAUUAAAAGUAAAGAGCCAUUAGAUAAGAGUUGGAUGGAAGACUAUGAUUAUGUCCACUUACAGGGGAAAGAUGAAUUUGAGCGGCAACAAAGAGAACUUCUGGAAAAAGAAAAUAUAAUUAAACAGAAUAAAGUACAUCUGGAGCAACAUCAGUUAAACCAGUUCCAAGAACUGGAGAAAGAAGUCACAAAACCAGUAGAGAAUGACCUUUCAAAAUGGAAAGCACCACAGCACAUUCCCCAGAAGAAUAGCAGUCUCAGCUCUCAAGACAAACAGCUGCUUUUCUUCUACUCUGAACAAUGUGAGACUCAUUUUGUAACACUUCUGAAUGCCAUCGAUGCCUUCUUCAGCUCCAUCAGUGGCGGGCAGCCACCAAGAAUCUUCGUGGCUCACAGCAAAUUCAUUAUACUUAGUGCCCACAAACUCGUCUUUAUAGGGGACACAUUAUCACGACAGGCGAUGGCCCAGGAUGUUCGGAAUAAAGUAUUAAACUAUAGUAACCUGCUUUGUGAACUUCUUAAGAGGAUCGUCAUGGCAACCAAGACGGCUGCCUUGCAAUAUCCCAGCACAUCAGCAGUGCAGGAAAUGGUGGAUAAGGUCACAGAACUAUCCCAUCACUCUCACGAUUUUAAAGUCCUGCUACAGCAUUUGGCAUCUUUAUGAAGGAACAUUGUUUUUAUGCAGCCAAAUUCUGAACAAUUAAAGUUAUUCUUUUAAAAAAAUUUGUAUUAUAAGAAUGUGGUCACAGUGCAUUUGGUCCUUGUCCAGAAUGUUUUUAUAUCACUGUAUUUCUACUAUAUUUUCAUGCGCAAAGUUUCACUGAAAGGAAUUUACAUUCUUUAAAUGCUAGUCACGUACAUAUGAUACUAGAUUAUCUAGAUUUUAAUGUUAUCUAAAUUACUCUGAAUUGUACUCUGCACCUAGUAUAAUCAUACUUUAAGGCAUAAACUUGUUUUGUACUAUUUUACAUUUAAUACUGCCACAAUACAGUUAUGUGUCACCAUUUUUAGCAACUUUGCAUUUCAGCAUUCCAUAUUACUCAUUUGGUGGUUUGUCCUCCCUGAAUUUGUGGCCAUUGGUUUGACUAAAUCCUGAAGCAUAACAUCUAGAUUUGUUAGGCUUGACAACUUUGUGAUGUCUGUGAAUGAAAAGGGACGUAAUUUUAUUUUAAAGUGCUUCCAUCUGGCUCAGAAUCCUGCUUCAAUAGACUGAGAAGACAUUCCUAUUAUAGAAUUACAGCAAACAUAUAGCAGAUAUAAAUAUCGUACUCUAAAUAUUAAUGAUGUAUUCUGCCCCAAUAAUCCUCUUCCAUGUCCCUGAUCUUUUAUUGUUAUUAACCUCUGAAUGUGGGCUGGAAAUUCGCAGUUGCCCCUAAUUGCUUAAACCACCACCAUUCACAUGGUGAAGUUAUAAUGCUAUUAAAUAGUGAGUGCCAGGAUUUUGAGCCAGCAAUAACAAAGGAAUGGUAGUGCACCUAAUAGCAACAUUAAUCUAUUUGUUAAUGAAUUGUGCCACAUUCUUGCAUCAAGUUGGCUUAUGUAAUGUUCAGGAUAUCUGUGUGUAGCUGAUUAGAUAUUGAAGAAGUCAUGUCAAGAUCUACAUUUGUGUCAUUUGAAGCCUUUAUUAAAGAUUUUUAGAAUCAUGAUUUAUUCACAACA